AUGGGUUUGCUAAUUCUUCCCUUGUUCAUAGCCAUUAGAGAAGAAAUGGUUCAUUGGAAUCUUAACAAAAUGACCAAAUUUGAAAAAUGCCAAACAUCAGCCUCCAUAAUUUCAUAUUCCUCUUCCACAUUACAACAUUCAAGAAAUUCAUAUCUUUCAAACAUUUUCAACAAACCCGAAAGAGGAGAUGAUUACACAAUUCUUCAAGGAAUUUUCAGCAUUGACAUGCUCCUCAUAUGCCUUGCAAUGUCAAUUGGUACCGGCUCAAGCCUUACAGCCAUGGACAACCUCGGCCAAAUCGGAGAAUCCCAAGGAUACUCCACUGAAUCCGUCAAUGCAAUGGUCUCCAUCAUCAGCAUUUUUAACUUCCUUGGAAGAAUCUUCUCUGGGUUUGUUUCAGAAAUCCUGCUCGAGAAAUACAAAUUUCCCCGCCCGUUGAUGCUGACUCUAACCCUUUUGGUGUCGUGCAUUGGUUUCUUGUUGGUGGCCUUCCCCUUUCAUAAUUCGCUCUACAUUGCAUCAAUCUUAAUUGGGUUUGCUUUUGGGUCUCAAGUUCUAUUGGAUAUCACCAUGAUUUCAGAGUUUUUUGGUCUUGAACAUUACGCCAUGUUUUAUAAUGUUGCGCAACUGGCUUGUCCAAUUGGGACUUAUGUUCUGAAGGUGUUAGUGGCUGGAAAGCUGUACGACGAGGAAGUGAAGACAUGGAGUGAUUCACCAGAGUAUAUAUGCCAUGGGGAACAAUGUUACAGAAACUCUUUCACGUUUUUGACUGAGAUGUCGCUGUUGGGAGCUGCAAUAUCAUUGAUUUUGGUGAAGAGAACGAGGGAGUUUUAUAGACAGGAUAUAUACAAGAAGUUUAGGGAAGAUAUGGAUUCUUUGAAGGAGGAAGUGGAACUUUACCCUCACGAUGUGCGGCAGCCUGAAGUUGAAAGCGUACAUGUUCACAAAGAAGUUACCAUUUUCAAGAAGUGA